AUGGACGUGGAGUCAAACCAGCUUCCCCUCAAGGUGCCUCUCGAAAACGACCAGGAUGUGCAGGAUGCCAAUGAUCUGGCGGGCAUGGGCCAUGCCCAGGCAUUGACUCGCAAGUUCAGCAUAUGGAGCAUGCUUGCUCUUGCGUUUUGUGUCCUCGGAACCUAUUCAACCUUUGCCCAAGAUCUCAGCAGCGGUCUGAGUAAUGGCGGUCCUAUUAGUAUCCUUUGGGGUCUGGUGCUGGUCACCGGAUGCAAUCUUUGCGUGGCAGUUUCCCUAGGAGAAUUGACCAGCAGCAUGCCGACAGCUCUUGGCCAAGCGUACUGGGUAUACCGUUUGUGGAACACGCCUCUCGGUCGCUUCUGCUCCUACAUGUGUGCCUGGAUCAACACAUUUGGCUGGUGGACUCUUACAGCGUCACAAGUCGCAUUCAUGACAAAUUUCAUCCUGAGUAUGAAGACUCUGUUUUAUCCCGAUUGGACGGGUGCUAGUCAGGGCUGGCUCCAGUUUGUGGUCUACAUUGGUAUCGUCUUCCUGAUGACUCUGGUCAACGUGGUCAGCUGCCGUCGAGAACAGAUUCUGCCCUGGAUCAACAAUUUUGUCGGCAUUUGGUUCGCCGGCCUGUUCGUGGUCUUGUCGAUGACGCUCCUCAUCUGUGUCGGUGUCAAGAGCGAUCUCAGCUUCCAAUCGCCCAAGUUCGUGUUCGGCACGUGGAUCAAUCAGAGUGGCUGGAACGACGGCAUCACCUGGUUCAUUGGUCUUGUCCAGGCUGCCUACGGACUGACGGCAUUCGACUCGGUCAUCCACAUGGUCGAAGAAAUUCCCAACCCGCGCCGCAACGCCCCUCGCGUCAUCUGGAUGGCCGUUCUCUUUGGCGCCAUUUCUGGUUUCAUCUUCAUGGUCGUUUGUCUUUUCUCCAUUCAGAAUCUAGAUGCUGUCUCCAACGCCGAUCUCCCAUUCAUGGAACUUAUUCUGGAAACCGUCGGUGCCAAGGGCGGCGCUGUUCUUCUCGCCUUUUUCAUCUUCAACGGUAUUGGUCAAGGCAUCAGCAUCUUGACCACUGCAUCCCGUCUGACAUGGGGCUUUGCCCGCGAUGGCGGUGUCCCCUUCAGCGAGUACUUCAGCUACGUUGACCCGGUCUGGCAGGUGCCCGUCCGAGCACUCUGGGGCCAGGGAGUCAUCAUUUCUAUCGUGGGCGUCCUGUACCUUUUCGCCAACACGGUCCUCGAGGCCAUUCUGUCAGUGAGUACGAUCGCACUGACGGUAUCCUACGCGAUGCCUAUCGUGGCCUUGCUUGUUGUGGGACGAGACAAGCUGCCUGCUGGAGGGUCUGCAGGCUUGGGUCGCUGGGGUCCCUGGGCCAACUGGAUCAGUAUCAUCUACUGCGCUAUCACGACUGUUUUCUUCAUGUUCCCCGGCAGUCCUAACCCGGCCCCGAGUGACAUGAAUUACGCUAUCGCGGUUUUUGGCGUCAUGCUGGUCAUCUCCAUUGGGUUCUGGUUCAUCAAGGGUAAUCGCAAGUACCUGCAGACCGAUGAUGCCAUUGCCCAGAUGUUUUAUGCGCAGCAUCUCGAGCAUGCCGAGUCUACUGCCCCGCCUCGAUCGGAUGCCGAUUCGAAAUGA